AGAUCCGCAUCCUGUAUGGGAAAAUUCCCUCUUAUACAGCGUACAAAUCGCGAUUCGGCGUCCCGCCAUCCGCCAUCCGCCAUCCGCCAUCUUCUCUUCCAGCGACUUUACUUGUCCUCCAAAAAAAAUCCUUUCACAGAAGAAGACCAUGAAAAGAAACGACUAAGACAAAAAGAUUCUAUUCGUUUUCGUAAACAACGGAAAAAUAGAAGAGUUAUGCUUCGCCUCCGUUCAAGACCCCGACGCUACCGUCGCCUCCCCCUUCCUCUCCCCCGCUCCUUCUCUUCUUCUUCUACGAAUUCCGCUGAAACCCCAAACAAUCUCAUAAAUCCCAAUCAUAUCCCUUCCCAACCGUCAAUUGUAACCCAUAACGCUCUUUUGACCGCCGCAACAACAACCGGUAACACUUCUCGCUCUCUUUCUCGUUACUCUGUACUUGGUCUCUCCGCCGCUGUCUUAUCCGCUGUGAUCGCUUCCGCCGCUCUCCUCUCUCCCACUGACCGACAUUCGGCAGAACCUAACCACAGUCAUGACUCUGAUUCCCUGCAUGCCGCCAUUGAACAUGCGAUUUCUAAAUCGAAUGAGUCUUUUAGGAGAGUUUUUUAUCAUUUCAAACAAACAGGCGUUGCCGCAUCGGUGCUAUGGCAGUCGCUGAGGUCUGUGCUUUCUUCUGCCAACCACGAAGUCAGGGUGGGAUUCGAGUUGCGGGUGGCGGCCUUGUUGGCCGAUAUUGCAGCGGCUAAUGGGACCCGCAGAGCGGCGCUGGUUGCGGCGGGCGACGGGAAGGUGGUCGAUUGGUUGCUCGAGACGGUGACAGUUGGUGGGGAUCGGUGUGGCACCCAGGCUGAGGCGGCGAGGGCGCUUGCUUACUUGAUUGCAGAUCCUAAUGUGUCUGCAGAUGUGUUUGGCAGGCCUCACGCUGUGCCCUAUUUGUUACGCUUUAUAUUUUCUUGCCAGCCAAAGAAGCAUUCAAUACGUAGUUCAUUCGAUAUGUGUGAUUCUUUGAAAGGCAGGAGCAUGCUUGUGGCUGCUAUCAUGGAUAUUGUAACGUCCAACUGUGAUAGUUUAGCAAAGGUACCUUUCAAGUCAUCCUUGCCCAGAAAUGCUGAAACAAGGGAUAUUGCUGCAGCCAUUGAAGUCAUCGAGGAAGGUGGCUUGCAUAUGGAUGGGCCACAUGAAAAUGAAGAUGAUGACAAUGGUGGAAGGGGAAUGAAGGGUAUUGGAAUUAAAAUUCUUGAAGGCUCAACAGUUUUAGGGCUUGCAAGAAGUAAUGGGCUGACAGAGUUGGAGGACUCUAAUGCUAGUCACGUGGAAAAAUUUAGUCAUUCUCCAAAGAUGCUGAGCUUGUUACAGAAGCAAGAUAGUUCCCUGGCACACAAUUUGUCUUCAGCUGUUGUUCCUGGUCUCUGGGAUGAUCUACAUUGUCAACAUGUUGCUGUGCCUUUUGCAGCAUGGGCAUUAGCCAAUUGGGCUAUGGCAUCUGAGGUCAACAGAUCUCAUAUUCAGGAAUUGGAUCAGGAUGGGCAAGCUGUAAUGACUGCCUUAAUUGCGCCUGAGAGAUCUGUGAAAUGGCAUGGAAGCUUGGUAGCUCGGUUGCUCUUGGAGGACCGUAAUCUGCCCUUAAAUGAUUCUGUUUCUGACUGGAGCUCCAGUCUUCUCAAUACUGUCUCUCAGGCAAGUAAAAAUGAGGAUAUUCCUUUGGCUCAGGUGGCUUUAUCUGGUUUUUUGCUUUCUAUUGAAAGAAGCCCAGGGGCGCGGAAGAUAGUGAUGGAAAAGGGCCUUGAGCUUAUGAGAGACACAGUUAAGCGGACAACAAAAUACAAGCAAGUGCAAGAAGCAUUAGCAAGAGCUUUAGAGUUGCUUUCUACCAGGGAUAUACAUUUAUCUCUUGAAGAGAGCCAAAAGUGGUCUGGCAUUCUGCUUUCUUGGGUUUUUGCAAAAGUUUCAUCUAACACAAUACGAUCUUCAGCCACAAAAAUACUUUCAUGCAUUCUUGAAGACCAUGGGCCAUCUUCUGUACCAAUUUCUCAAGGAUGGUUAGCCAUUCUGCUAAACGAGGUUCUCACUUCCAGCAAAGCUUCAUCUAUUAAGGGAGUCACUCAGCCUAAAAGUGAGAAAGUGAAGACUCAAAUUGAUCAGUCCAACAUUCUUUUCGCCACACAAACUGCUAAUCAGCUGGCAGGCGCUGUUGUAAAUCUAGCAGGGAAUCAGCUGGGAGCCACCACUGAUUCUGUUGAUACACUUCCAUUGGCAGAUCUUCUUUCACUGCAACCUUUUGUUGUACCAUUUCAAAACUUUAAGAAAGAUGCUGUAUCUAAGUUUAAUGUGGCAGAUUCUGCAUUGGCAACACUUAAAGGGAUCAAAGCACUGACUGAACUUUGUUCUGAGGAUUCUUUAUGUCAAGACAAGGUAGCUGAAUUUGGGGUCUUGUGCUUACUGAGGCGAUUUUUGUUGUGUGAUGAUUACGAGAGACUCUCUGCUCUGGAAGCUUAUGAUGCAUCUAGAGUCCUUGAGGCACAGGAGCGGGUUUCAAAUGUUUCUGGUGAGAUGCCUAAUGCUGCUACUAAUGAUCCAUCUAGCGUGCGAGUUCCACCAACAGCUCACAUUAGAAGGCAUGCAGCUAGGUUGUUAACUGUCCUUUCACACCUUCCAAAAGUCCAGAAGGCAAUUCUAACCGAUAAAGUUUGGUGUAAAUGGCUUGAAGACUGUGCUAAUGGUAAGAUCCCAGGUUGCAGUGAUUGCAAGAUACAAAGUUAUGCUAGGGCAACACUCUUAAACAUAUUUUGUUGUCACCAUUCUAGCAGAGACCAUGUAAACAGUGAAAUUCCUGAAACUGGAUGUACAAACAGAAACAGCAGCUGUCCUCGGUAUAAUGACAUGAUAUUUUUGAUUAAUCCAGAGUUGCCUCACUGGAAACUCUGUCAAAAUAUGGAUAGUAAGGCAUUUGAAAGAAAUGCAUUGUUGUUGGCUGAGACUGACUCUAAUAAUGGUGAUGGUUCAUCCAUAAGGAGAGCUUCAGACUUAAGAGAACGUUCUACUACUGCCAAUGAAUCCCAGAAUAGCUCUAAAUUAGAGGCUCCUCAGUUAGAUGUUAUUUUUGUACAUGGUUUGCGUGGUGGGCCUUAUAAGACUUGGCGCUUAUCUGAGGACAAAACCUCAACUAAAUCUGGCUUGGUAGAGAAGAUUGAUGAGGAAGCUGGGAAGCUUGGAACGUUUUGGCCAGCAGAAUGGCUUUCUGUUGACAUGCCUCAAGUGCGCAUGUUUACCAUGAAAUACAAGACGAAUCUUACACAAUGGUCUGGAGCUACCCUGCCUCUUCAGGUACGUAAGCUUUCCAAUCCAGUAUUGUCAAUACCCACUUGGAUUUGUUUGGCUGCAUUAUCCUGCGUGCUGAAAUUUUGUUCAUCAAAGAUACAAAAAUUCUUGUUUAGCACAUUUUUGCAAAUUAUUGCAAACUAACAUCAGUUGACAUAAGAUAGGGAGUCGGAUAUGCUUAUCAAGAUUAAGGAUUACUAAAGUGAUAGCUCCAACUUGAUCAUAACGCAAGCUGAACAUAUGAUGAUUUGUGCUAAAAUGAUACAUAAUUUUCUUUGUAAAAGCUGAUUGGAUAUCUAUUUUUUAGAUUUGCAUUCAGCGAUGAAAGCCACCUCCA